AUGUCUCCUGAUCCUUCGUGCAUCCACGCCCAUUUCUGCCUGAAGCAACAAGUCGAGUCCCGUCGUGCGCAACAGAUACCUGGGCGGCAACUCAGAAUCGGGUACAUCUCUCCAGACUUUUUCCACCAUUCUGUGUCCUUCUUCUGUCACGCUUUGCUCGAGCACCGCAAUGCCGAGCAGUUUGACGUCUUCGUCUACAACAACACAUCGCGCGAGGAUGACAAGACUGAGCUGUUCAAGUCUUUUGUGCCUGCCAACCAGUGGAAGAAGGUCACUGGCAUGGCUGCCCACGAGGUGGCUGAGAUGAUCCGGCAAGACCAGAUUGACAUUCUGAUCGAGUUGGCAGGACACACAGCCAACAACCGCUUAGAUGUGAUUGCACUGAAGCCGGCGCCCGUCCAGAUCACUUACAUCGGCUACAACAACACCACGGGGUUGGGCACAAUUGACUACCGGCUGGUGGAUGACAUUGUCGAUCCGCAGGACACUCAACAGCCCUUCAGCGAGGAACUGGUACGCAUACCUGGGUGCUUCCUCUGCUACACCCCACCAGCCCGCGUGCCGGAAAUAGAGUCCCUGCCGGCUCUGCGAAACGGCUACGUCACCUUCGGAAGCUUCAGCUGCCUUGCGAAAGUGGGCGAGCCCGUCGUCGCACUGUGGGCUCGUUGCUUGCACGAGGUUCCAAACAGCAAGCUGCUGGUGAAGAACAAGGGUUUCUAUUCUCAAGACGUUCAGGCCACUUUCAUCAACAAGUUCAAAGCUUACGGCAUCCAGGAGCACAGGCUGAAGCUUUUGUCGCUUGCUCCCACAUCCUACGAACACCUCAACAUCUACAACGAGGCAGUAGACCUAGCCUUGGACACCUUCCCGUACUCCAACACCACUACAACCUGCGAAUCCCUCUUCAUGGGCGCGGGCCGCAGCCUAGCGGCGUGUCCCGGCAGUGUGCCUGGUUGGAAGCACCCACGGCGCCAGGGCUUGGAGCUUGGGCUUCUCGGGCUCUGCGCGAACGGCGGUCUCGGUCAUGUCAAUGCUAUAGGAGCCACAUCAGUAGAUGACCUUGAAGUGGCAAUGCCUGUCCCCUGGCCAGUGGAGCGAGAUCGCAUAUGUAUUCAAAACAUUGCAGAACGUGCGCUGACUAUCAAGCAGCUCUGCGAUUUGCGGGCCUUUCUGCAGCGGCUUUGCAAAGCCAAGCUUCUGAAACGCACCUGCGAUGACAAAUGCAGGUCUGGGACUUCAGGUCGUGCCGAGAAUAAGCAGUUGAGCUGGCACGAUCUGAAUCUGUACGACGUCACAGAUGAGGUCAUCAAGCCCAUCAUUAAGUUCCGCGAAAUGAAGGUGGCCACGAAUGCGCCAACGACAGGUUAUUUUGCAGGCUACUCGUGGGCGGAGCUUGUCAGUGAGAAACCGCAGCGUCCGCAACUAAUGAUCAGUCAUUGGUGGGGAGGUAGGUUCUCCGAUUUCAUGAGCGCUAUCGACAAGAUAAUGGACGACCGAGCACUGAGCAUAUGCACGACCUUUUGGGUUUGCACUUUUGCAAACAAUCAAUUCGGCGAGAACUUCGGCGCCACUAUCAUGGACACCCCUUUUGUCAGAGCCGUGGAAUUUGCAGAGGCGACCAUCCUGAUGGUAGAUCGCGAUGCUGGUUCGCUUCGGAGAAGUUGGUGCUGCCUGGAGCUGCACUACACCAUCCAACAAGAGAAGGCCCUGGAGCUCUACACUUCUGCCGGUCUGGUGGGCUCCCAUGCAGUCUCCUCCGGGCCUCUUGUUGAUGCGAUCUCUCAAUGGGAUGUGCGAGACAGCACGGCGUCUGAGGCAGCCUACAGGCGUCAGAUUUUCAAUUUCAUUGCUGGUGUUCCAGAGAAGGCUGGGCUCUUGACCGUCGAUCGAAGUCCUGACGGUGACCUUGUGCUUGUGGACGGGCGACCUCAGCUGGAUGGUCAAGAUGCCGGUAACAAAACUGAGGAGCAUGCCCUUUUCAUCAAACACCACAAGGCCUUCGAAGCUUUGAACAUGGAUGUUCGGGUAUCAGUGAUCGGUCUAAUUGGUGCAUGCCGGAGGAACCGGGGCUGCGAACUGCCGCAGAUUCGUGAAAGAGGCAUCACCCUGGGACAACUCAGAACUUUUGCGCGCAAGGCCCGUACGUCUCUUGGCAAGUCCUUGCCUGGGACUCCAUGGGAAGCCAUCACGGUAGACCAAGUCACGGAGAAGUUCAUCAUCAAGGAGACAUCCAAACGCAACUGCUCGUACGUGGAACUCGUGGCUGAAGGGCCGCAGGUUCCAGACACCUUCAUCGACUACCAUGCUUCCAUGUAUGUAGCAGACGUCAUGGCUUGCGUUGAAUGGUUUGCUGAAGCAACCGGAAUGAAAGAUUCUGCGGUCUUCUACUGGUGGCUGCUGGCCAAGAACCCGCAGCAAGUAGAAGCCGACAGGAGGAGCAAUCAGUUCGAGAAGGGCCACCUUGUUGUGGACAAGUCGCAGCGCGAAUGCCGAUCCUUGCUGGUGACCUCGGGAGCCAUGGUUCACUGCGCUGCACAGACCCAGCCGUGGAGAAUCACCCGCGCAUGGCGCCUCUACCAGCUGGAAUGUGCAACUCGUCUUGGACAGGCGAUUUAUUUUGCUUGUCCAUCAGGCGUUAUGGCGUGCACGAAGCUCUUCCCGAAUGGCCAUUCCAAGUCUGGUACCAUACCUCGUGCAAUAACGGAGGCAGUUUUCAACGUGGACAUUGAGGUUGCUUCUUGCACUCUCGCGUCUGAUCGGGAGGCUAUUCUGGCUUUCAUCCGAGGAAGCAAUGGGAGAGGGGUGGAGCGAUUGCAAAGGCGGCUUCAGCGCUGGGCAGCGUUUCACUUGGUCUCAGUGCUGGCCGCUUCCGGUGAUCAAGAACUGGCGAAGCUUGAAGAAAUCUGUUCGAUCCCCGGGUUCAGCGUAAAUGCAGAGCUAGCCCGAGGCACGCUGGGUGAGUCAACCCUUCACGAAGCCGUUGCAGCAAAUUCCUAUGCCACUGUGGAGCGGCUGCUGUCGCAUGGCUUUCCACCAGAUCCUCUUGAUGCCAUGCACGAAACUCCACUGCACUACGCAGCCCUUGCAGGCAACCUCCACCUGGUCAAAACACUUCUGGACGGCCGGGCGGACCCUGUGAUGGAGUCAGUCUUUGGAGAGACGCCCCUGGAUGUGGCUAUCGAAGGACCUGCUUCGUUUUUGGGCCAGGACUCCCGGCCCGUGAUAAAGAUCCUCACGCAGAGCUGCGAGAGGCUGCAGAGCAAGGUCCCAGCACAUGCCGCUCAACAGCGAGCCUGCGAUGGCAUGGAGAUGCAUGGGGUCUGCCACACCUUGCUCACCGCGGUUGGCUUGGGCGAGUUCUCCGCUAGCACUCAGGAGGAAUACGUCACCAAGGUGAAGGGCGUGUCCAGCAACCUUCAAACUCUUUCCAUGCUGCGGAGGAACUUGCGUCAGAUAAUGCUCGCUUCGCCGUUAUGCGACGGCCCGGGAUUUGUUCGUGACAAGUACGAGCCCAUUCUGCGGGAGAAGUGGCUUGCUUACUGCAACGGCCGUGCUCCUUCACAACAGGUGUACUCAAGCCCCGACAUGCCUGAUCCCUUGUCGCCCGGGCCUUUUGCACCACCCUUGGCACCAGGCCAGCCCUUCGUCCAGGGUCCCUCGCAAGUGGUUGGGUCAGGCACAGCCUUACCAGCGAUCGUCACCACUCCGCUACAGCUACCCCUGGGCACCUUGGCGUUUCCGGCUGUUACCCAACCGCAAGAGGCAAUUCCUAUGUCUCCCGUGGACAGUGUGCGGCCUGUCCCUGGCACAGUUUGGCAAGUGACCGAUCCAGCGGUGUAUCCAUCCUUCCAUGGCCACGGCACACAGCUGGCAGGCCCUCCAACGAGACACCGCCGCGCCCGGAACCAGCGCCUGCAUCCCGGCGCUGGGGCGCGGCGAGUAUGA